AGGUCAUUUUUUCGUGUUCAGUAUGGGAAAGUGUUUCUCUUGCUAUGUUCUUUCCGUUGAAUGUGAGAAUUCCUGUUCCCAUGCACAUUAUCGUCAUCAUGCCGCUAAAGCAAGCGUAUUUCCACCGAACUGAGGCAUGACAUGAUUACCUACAUCGAUAAUGUGAUUUUUUCGGUCAAAUCACGAAGACAACGAAUUGGACCGAGCUGUGUUAUGAAAGCUGGAAAGAAGAGUGAGGUGAGUCUUGUGACCCACAUUCGAAACCCUCUGGCUCAUGAGUUCCUAGCUCUGGGCGAGCAUCAAUUCUGGCUUCACCUGCUUGAGGUGGAUAAGCCAUGUAUUAUUACCCAUCAAGGCACAGAAGGCGGAUGUUACAUAACUGUGUUCAUCGACGAAGUGGAGAUUUUUGGAAACGAAGAAGAGGAAGAAGCAGCUAAUGAAGUCGAACUGGAGAAAUACUUAAGCCUAAUCAAAAGAGCACCGGAUGGAAGAGUAAUAGCUCCUCUCUUAAAGAACAGAACAUUCUAUGAUAAUGUUUCACCAAAUCUAAUAACUGGAGAACAGCGAAGCAAAUCUGUCAUUAGACUGCUGGAAAGGGGUGGAGUCCUAGCGGACGCAUACACGGAAUUCAUUGAAGAAUGGGAGAAAGAUGGCCGACAACAUUUCAACCCGCAAGCUCCAAAUCAGAUUCUGAAGCAAAUACUGGUUCUCCUGACCCAAUUAACCAAAAACCCAUCGGAGUACGAGUCACAACGAUCUUCAAAACCCGAGUCUUCUUAA